UGUACCUAUGAAUCAGUGCAGAAAAGAGCAAUAAAGAUCAUAAGAGGUCUGGAGGCUAAACCAUAUGAUGAACGGCUAAAGGAACUAUAGAUAAGGCUUAGGAGGGGCAUAAUAGCUGUCUUCCCAUGCUUGAAGGGCUGUCACAGGGAAAAGGGGAUUGAUUUAUUCUUCAAAGCACCUGAGAGCAGGACAACAAGCAAUGGAUGCAAGCUUAUUAGAGGAAAAUCCAAUCUUAAACUAAGAAGAAAUUUUCUGACAAUUAGAACAAUUAGUCAGUGGAACAGCUUGCUCCUAAAGUCAUGGGUGUUCCAUCCCUGGAGGUUUUCAAGAAAAGAUUAGACAACAAUUUGUCCACGAUGGAAUAAGGACUUCUGCCCUGGGCAGGAGGUUGGAUUAUAAGACCUCCAAGAUUCCUUUCAGUCCUAUGAGUCUAUGAUUUUAUGAGCCUUACAGGGCCCAUGUUUAAAGAAGGUGUUUUAGAAGUAAAGUAACAUAUUAUGAAAUAUGUCACAAAGAUUUUCUGCUUUCCUCUAUACACUUUCCUUGUAGCUUCUGUCUGGAAUAAAUUAUUUUCAGGUAACUACAUUUGAUUUUUUCACAGUAAUGAAAAGAAUUUCAAUGUCUGCCACUGCGGCUUACUGCCAAAGAUUCAACCCUGCAGAAAUGAAAUCUUAGACAACAAUGCUUUUUUUUUCCUGGUGCUUUCUAUUGUUUGUGAUAAAAGCAGAAGCUGGUGAUAUUACUGUUACUGAUUGCCUUAAAAAGCAUAUCAAUAUGAGGUACAGAGCCAUCAGCAACCACAAAUUUAUUGUAUCAUGCGACCUGCCAUCUGAAGACACCACAUCAAUUUACAACCAUUCUCCUCUUUCUGAAAAUCAUGUAAUGUGGUUCCGUCAGUCCAGUGGUGGAGGAGCCACUAUAAUCCUCAGUGAUAAAACCGCCAAUCCUACUCUUUGGGGGAGCUCACUUUGGUUUAGGCCAAUAAAAACUGAACAUUCUGGAACAUACAUCUGUAUGAAAAGGUUGGUUGUGGAUAGCAUAUCACCAUGUGUCAAUAUUUUAAUAGCUGUUCAAACAAAAAUUAUGGCUAAUUGUUCAGUUAACAACAGAAAUGACAUUUAUCUAUUUGUGGACCAAGGAACAUCUAUUGGUUGCCCAGGAAAAAACUGUUAUUCUAAUUUUCCACAAUCAUCAGUGAAAUGGUACAAAGUAAGUUUUUUUUAAGAUAACAACUCCCUUGAAUCCAUUCAAUUGCUGUGCAUUUCACAAAACACUGAAAUAGCUUUGAUUUGUUUGAAAAAUUAUAGAGAGAUUGUUUGUCCUUAUUUCUACUGGAAUAUUUUCUUUGACCUCCCAAUUUAACCUUUUACCCUAAUAUUCCCUGGUUUCUUGAGAAUCUAAGCAAGUUUGGA